UGAAUAAUCAAUUUUUAAGUGAUAUAGAUCAAAUACAAAACUAACAAAUAAAUUGAGUUCUUUUUUUUGUCAACUACAAAUAUUAAAUUAAAGAUUUGGGAUUGUUACUCGACAACAUUCUUAGCGUAAUGUUACAUGCUAAACAGUUCUACUGAAAAUUUUAACAACGUGAAAUCAGAAAGUUGAAAACAAAACUACUAAGAAGAGAUAAUUAAUUGAGUUUAGAAGGAUAAAUUUUAAAUUUAUAAGUUAUCCAAGCGAUAUUAUAUUUUAGGUCAUUUCAUGUUGGGCCAAACAUGCCUUAAAGAAUAGACUAAUAUGCUUUAUUUAGGCCCAUAGUAUCAUCACUUGAAACGUUACUUAAGCAAGCACCCAAAUUUUGACCACAACAAAAGAAAAAAACACAUGCAAGUCUCUCGAUCAAGUCACGUGUAUCUCAACCGCUAUGACGUGGCCUCUAUCCUCUGUUCUUAAAACCUUGCGGUUGAAGGCAAAGAUGAAGUAGCAAAACUAAAUUCCCAAAUCGGAAAGUUGAUCGGAGAUGUCGUCAGCGCAAAUGGAUCCACACGACAAGAUGAGAUCGCGCGACAUAAGUAAAGUUGCGAGAGGCCAGCAAGCGCCAAGACCAGCUCAUACUCCCGGUACAGUGUCACCGCCACCGCAAAACGAGGCAACGUUUCGAGCGAAGAGAGGAGAGGACAGCGGAGAGAGCGGAGAAGAGGUGGAUUCAACUGUGGAAAAACGGUUUCCGGUAACUAAUGAAACGCGACAUUGUUUCAAUCGGUUCAUGCAAUACAAUAAAUGUAUUGAGAAAAAUGGAAGAGAUGCAUAUGAUUGCAACAACUUGAGAGAUUAUGUGCGUUCAAUGUGUCCCAAAGAUUUGGUGAGCAUAUUUUGGUUGACAAGUGGGAGGAACAGAGAAAGUCUGGGACAUUGCCAUCGUCAAUACGAAGAUUAGGUUACAGCAUUAAGAGUCUCUGUUAUAAUGAGAAAUGUUUAGUACUAUUAUGUUAUAGUCCUAUAACCAAACCAAUGAUAAAUUAAAUAAUUAAUUAAUCUAUAAAACAAAUUUUUGUGUGUGCUACUCCAGAUUCUGUCCUGAAAAAUUCUUCUGUUCUUCUGCAAAGUCUAAUCCAAGUCUGACUCUAAAUAUAUUUUAACUGCAAGAUUAGCCAAAGUUAACAAUAGAAUCGUUUAGCUAUAAGAUACAUCGGAGAACAAUAACUUGAAAACAAUAUUAGUUGAAAUCUACAAGAGAAUCGUAUCAGAACAAAAAUAUUAUGUAAUUGAAUGCAUCAAAAUAAAGAUGGUAAUCCCAACUACAUUUUUUUCUCUGCCAAGUUGACUAGUACCUUGAAGAUUUGAUUUGACUCCUUCACAUGGUAUCAGAGCUUCAAAGAUGUAGAAGCUUUGAUACCAUUUGAAAGGUUCAAAUCAAAGAUUCAAAGUACAAGUCAAUUGGUAGAAUGAUUCAUUGUUUUUGUUAAUCAA